AUGUCGACCGCCAACAGAGACUCCGAGAGCCCGCAGAACAGCCCGGCACCCAAGACAGCGAGAGGAGUCAUGAACUGCAGGCCGUGUCAGAUCCGCAAGAUCAAGUGUGACAGAGCACUACCUGCCUGCGGAGUCUGCCACCUCUACCAGCGGUCUUGCUUCUACGAGGGAGUACCUAAGAAGCGAGGACCAAAGAAGGAGUCGUUGAGUGCACUCAUCAAGAGGAUCGAUGGUCUCGAGGAGCUUCUCAAGUCAGACAAGACGCCAACACCACCAGGAACCGACAUCAUCAACACAGACUUUGCUGAGCCGCAUGUCUUUGGAGGCGGCAUUUCUGAGCCUUGCGGAUCUGCAUCAUCAGAUAUCAGCCCGUUCAGUAAUUUUAGAGGGAACAAUUUUGAGGCCAGUUCAGAUGUUUCGGCAACUAUCAAUGCUGAUGGUCUUGUGGAUGUCUACUUCACAAAAUUUCAUCGCAAUCCUUACGACAUCCUGGAUGAGUUCACGACGAGGCAAAGGUUAAAAGCAAAUCAACUACCUAGAUCAGUCCUGUAUGCAAUUUGCGCUGUAGCCACGGGGUUCUCCGAACGACCUGGGAAAGGGCCAAGCAGUCAUGUCUCUGGGGAGACGUAUGCGGCAUGGGCACAAAGGGAGAUUGACCCUUGUGACGUAUCACUUGACUCCUGCCAGGCCUUGUUGCUUCUAGUAGCAGCCUUUGCAGCUAUGGGGGAUGGCAAGAGAGCCUAUGUUGUUCUAUCACAAGCAGUCGGCAUGGCAAUGACGCUCGAGCUAUACUCUCAGCCUAGCGACGGUGUCCAUGAUGACACUACCAAACGGGUCUUUUGGACAUGUUACAUCAUGAACACAUUUGUUUCCACGUGGCUGGAGCGCCCAUCUUUAAUGGAUGAUUCCUUGAUCAAGGCCGACAUUCAAUCGUCAAGGCAACCUAGCCACAACGGUUGGGGAACAAGCAACGAUUUCGUCACAAUCCCCAACAACGACUUUCGAAGGUUUUCUGCCAGCCCGAAGGAGCCAAUUGACGAAAUUCAAAAGCUCGUCUGGAUGGCUCAAAUCUUGUCGGAAGCGAACAGGUAUCUACUUUUGAGCGACACUUCAUCGCAAGCAGCAUACUGCCAGAGGCACAAGAUCCUCCACGACCUGGACGUCUGGGCCUCCAGCAUCGAAUCGAGUGCGGAUUUACCGACCGAGUCUCAGGGAGGACCUGGAACGAAUCUCCCGUUUAUUUCCCGCCUCGUUGUUCACCUCAUCCAGUGCCUUAUUCAUAGGCCCAUUCUACCGCUACGCUUGAACGAGCCCUCGAGUGUGAAGAUGAUACAACACUGGGUAGUUGAAGCUACUGAGACUGCCUUUCGUCAUGCAACAGCGAUUCUCGAGCUUGUUGGCCAGGCCAGAGAGACAAGCAACAUGCCAUUACCACCAUUUGUUGGUUUCUGCAUCUUCACUGCCGCAACAGUGCUCAAUUACGGAAUUCAUUAUGCGUCGGAACAGAUUCCAGAAGCUUUGGCCGUCAAUGUGGCCCCUUUUGCCGGUUCGCCAAUCCCAGCAAGCUUCUUCGCUUCAUCACGAGAUCUGUACAGUCGCUCAUUAGAUGAGCUUUCUAUCCUCAGCGACACAUUUACAUCAGCACGGCUUUACUUGCUCAGACUGGAAGAGCUAAAGUCGGAGCAUGUUGCCCUAUUGAAUGGAAAAGUAGCCGGCUACGUUCCCAAUUUCUCGAAUCGAUUCUUCCAGAGAUAUUCGCCGGCAUUUUUACGAAGAGUCCAGGGGUUCCAGACAGGAGACUCUACUGCGAUUCACUCAAAGAUGAGCCUGUCUCAAUCACCGUCUUCUACCACCCAUGAAGAAAGGUUUCCGAGGGAGCCAAACCCAUCAGUGGCCUGGAAUGCACCACAACCCACCCACACCAGUAGGCCGUCGUUCACGGUACCGCGUACCAACAAUAUUGGGAUUCCAAACAGCCACAACCCUGGGCACCAUAGGUCUUUCUCGGAUAGCUUGUCCAUGAGCCAGUCCUAUUCGUUUGAUUCAAACGGCUCAUUGUCUCACAAACAAUUACCACUGUGGUCGGGCUUUCAAGACGCCACCCCGAGACGAGGAGACCCACGCAGCCCAACAAUCUUGGGACCCUCAGAACAAUUGACAUCUCCAAUUUGCCAACCAGAAGGUGUUGGAGGAGGUGGCUCAGACCACUGGGGAAACAUGAAGAGCUUUCCAGGGGGCGAACAGAUUCCAUACCAGGUUCUUGGCGGAUCUGUUGCAGCGGCCGGUCCAGCCUAUCAGCCCCAGGAAGCGCUCGGAAGUUCGUUUGUGCCAUUCCAAAAUUUCUCUGUACCAUAG